AUGACGGAUGUGCUGACAGUGUACCGCAUAUGCGGUGUCAUAAUGGACAGGGAUGCCAAGGAUGUGAUUAAGUUUACGAAAAAGUUAAACACUUUUAAUAACAUCUGCGCUAACGAUCAGUUGGCACUCAUUAAGUACGGGUGUCUUGAGGUACUGCUACUCCGGUAUACCAUGCUAUACGAUAUCAAUACGGAAUAUUGGACCUGGGUGUUGAACACGGACAAUUCACUGAAAGUGAGUUCAUUCAAACUGGAUGUCAUGAAGUAUGAGAAGCGAAAUUUGUAUGCAUUUUAUAAGAAUUAUUUUUAUAAAAUCAUUCCCGAGUGGAGUCGCGAUUUCAUUAUUUUAGACCUGUUGACGGCAAUAGUACUGUUUAAUCCGAAUCGACCCAAUCUUAUACACAGGGAUGUGGUUAAAGUCGAACAACAAUUGUAUAUUUAUUUACUGCAACGCUAUCUGUAUCUGAGAUAUCGAUCGGAUUUGGAAACACAAUCAAAACUUUUAAAACUCAUGAAUCCAUUGAUAGAUUUGCAGAUAAUAAGUGACAUCGAGAAGGAAAAUGGACACGAAUUCUAUUUAGAGACUUACGGACCUAUUCUUAAGGAAAUCCUUUACGAUAUCACACAUUAAUUUUUAUGACAU